AAACGGUCACCACGGUGCAGCGGGAGCAGCGCCUGCUGUCAGCGCAUCAGAUUGAGCGCAGUUAGCCGAAUGGCUAGUAAACAGCAGUGUUCGGGGGGAUACGGGUCCCGUCUGCCUUGCGUUAUAGUUUAAUGGCGUCUCUCGCGUAACGUCAGCCAGACUGGGAAGCGAAAGAGUCUGUGGAGCGCGGUUGUCUGUCAACAGCUCACGGCGAAACGACGACGGAAGGUUUGGAUUUGGAGCUAAAAGUGGUUAGCUGACGUUAGCUACUGUUAGCCUGCCAACGCAAUGGCCUACAGGUGCAUCCCCUGUGAUGUAAGACAGCUUCGUCUGUAGAGACCAAGAUGACUGAAGUCCAGGCCACAGUGGAGUUCUCUGUCGAGCUCCACAAGUUCUACAAUGUGGACCUGUUCCAAAGAGGGUUUUACCAGAUUCGUGCCAGCCUGAAGGUGCCACCCCGGGUCCCGCACAAGGUCGAGACUAGCCUGCUUCACCCAGGAGGCUCUGAUCUUGCAUUUCCUGCUUCAGUCCAAGAUGAUGUCAUUAGCAGCAAAACUUUUCAAAUCUUGUACAAGAACGAAGAGAUCGUGGUCAAUGAUGUUUUACUCUUCAAAGUUAUGAUGCUGCUAGAUGAGAAGAAGGUGGACGAGUCUCUCAGUGACAUGGAUUUCCAGCUCUUCCUGGAUUUAUAUUUCACAGAUGGUGAUUACACACCAGAUGACCCAAGCUCUCUCCAGAAUAUCAGUGGCCGCACACUUCGUUUGCACUUUAGCCUUCAGCGAGGCAUCCACCAACACAUUAAUGUUAUGUUUGACUAUUUCCACCUGUCUGUCAUCUCUGUAGUCCUCCAUGCCUCCCUAGUGGCUCUACACCAGCCACUUAUCAGUUUUCCGAGACCUGUGAAAACCACGUGGCUUAAUCGCAAUGCUCCAGCACAGAGCAAAGAUUCAGUCAUCCCACCUCUAGAGAAUGUGGUGUUUGGCAGCAGUUAUGUGAAGCAAGUAUCACCAGAUGGCAGGACAUUCCUGGUGUCUGACCCCUGUCUGAAGCAUGCCUUCAGUCUGCACCAAAACCUUUGUUCCAGUCUCCUUUCAGCCUACCAGGGCCUGUUUGGAUAUUUCACCUCCAUUACCAAGGACCUGCCUUCUUCCCAUCGUAUGGAACUAGCCAAGCCGAGCAUGCAAGUCCUAUAUGAGAGAGUUCUCAGAAGACCUUAUCCCCGAAGUCAAAGACACGUCUACAUAGAACAACUCGAUCUGGAGGCUCGUCUUGCUGGCUUAUGUGAACAAAUUAAGCAAAAAGCAGAGUCGCCUGAUGAGCUGGCAGAACUGGUAAAUAUGAACCUGGCUCAGCUCUGUUCUCUGCUCAUGGCUCUCUGGGGACAGUUCCUAGAGGUGGUGUCCCUGCAGGAGCAUGUUGCUGCCCUACUUUCUGCAGGACACCAUUCACUACGGGUAAGAAGGUUUGCUGAGGCCUUCUUUUGUCUCGAGCACCCAAGGCAGUCUGCACUAGCAUACCAGGAACUGCAUGCUCACAGUCACCAGCAGAUGACUAAUGCUAUCAAAAGUUCCAGCUACUUCCUGUCUUUGCCUCCACUUCCAGUGGAAUGUGCAGACUUGGAUGGUGACGUUAAUUCUUUGCCAAUCAUCUUUGAGGACAGAUACUUAGAUUCCAUAACUGAAGAUCGUGAUGGACCAUGGCUGGGCAUGCACAACACAAGAACUGGCCCAGCGUCCAAAUCAGACAAGCCCAGCUCCAAGGACUGCAGUGCCGCAGCUAGCGCCCCACCUGACUGUACCCCUGUGGAUAAUGCUUGGCCAGAUAACUAUGAUCCACCACCUAAGUCCAAAGGCAAGUCAGUCAAACUGAAGAAGAAUUCUAAGACGGAAAACUCUAAGAAGCUGAUCAGACAGGGUUCAAAAGACUCUGUUGUUCUGGUGGGCUAUAAAAACCUCAAAGCUCCUUGCAAGGAACAGUUCAAGGAGGGGGAAGCUUCCCUGAGCCAAGAACAACGAGAUACCUUGCAGCAAGACACACACAGUAAUUUAAGGACUAAUACCAAUGCUACUUUUGACUCCGGUGCCAUGUCAGCACAUUUUGGAAACGGUGCUGAUAAUAACUCAACAAAUACUGCUUCACAAAAAAGCAAUUUCAAAAUCCCUAAGAGCUCGGAUGUGCAGAAAAAUCCUCAGGCAGGCACUGGGGCUAUUGCUACCUCCAACCAAACACUUCACAGAGAAGAUCAGGCUGAACAUUACAGUCAGAAGCUGCCACAGUGGACUACUGGGGUCAAGCAAAUUGAGGUGAAACCAAGCAGCAAGGACCCAUACCAAGGAGGAAAAGUAACGGUUGUUCUCCCAUGUAGGAGUGAUGGGUCUUUAUGUAGUAAUUUUCCUGAGAUAAGGCAAACCGAGCUGUGUGACUCCCAGCACACAGUUGACUCUGUGUUUGAAAGGCCAGAUAAAGAGGCAACGCAGCAUAGCCAGUCCCGUCUGGUCUCGGUACACGUGAAGAGUGAGUGUGUGAGGUUGCCAGAUGGAGGCGCUCCCAUCGCCUCGUCACGUCUCUCAGACUCUGGCAUUGAGAGCGAACCUAGCUCCUUUGUCACUCAGUUUGUUCCAGGACCGCAGUCUGGUUUGGGGCUAGGUGUUGCUGAAUCAGGUGCCUCGCAGCUUGACAGACCCCUCCUGAGCCCUGCACCACGGCCUGUUCAGCAAAGCACUGUGCUAAAACCCAGUGGGGCCGGAGAAACUCUUAAUCCAGAAAACACCAGUGGCAUCAGUGGAGUCCAGUCCUCCCUAACCUCAAUCAAUUCUUUGCCCUCGGAUGAUGAAGGGGAUGAAGGCUCCUCUAGGGCUUCUAGUGGAGCGGACGUUCGAGUCAGAAAGUCUAGUGUGUUGGUGCAGGAGCAGAGCGUAAUCUUUUCUGGGGAUGUCACCAUGAUGUCUCCUGUCAACGUGGCCCCUCCCAGUGGUGCAGCUGAUUCACAGGCGACGAUGCCAACGUGCGACUUAGAACCAGACUCCAAGCUAAUCUGUGUUUCUGAACUCCAACUAGAGGGAGCUGCCGGCUCUGGUACCGUUAAAGAACCUCGUAGUGAACCCCAUACUGCUUGCCCCUCCAGUAACUCUGCCACUAGUAGCACUGACAUGGUAAAACGGGGAAUGGUGGAGAACUAUUUUGGCUCAUGCUCUAGCACAGAUGUAUCUGAGAUCAGUCCGGUAGAAACAUCUGCUAUCACACUGGGGAUCCAGUCAGGACCACAGGCUGAGGAGGAGGAAGAUGACGCCGAGCAUGAGAUGAUCGAGAAUGGUUACUAUGAGGAAGGUGAUGGCUAUGCUUUUGUGAAUGGUGUUACUGAUGAGGAGCAAACUGGUGCUGCGGACGCAACUGCGCAAGAGACGAGUCUUUUGUAUGAAAGGCUUGGUAUUGGCUACCUCCAGGAAGCGAAGGAUUUAUCAAACGCUCCCAUCUGCUCCAACCUUGCAUCUAGCAGUGUGGGGACUAGCUUGGGAAGACCUCCGUGUCCCUCCACCUCCUUUUCCUCUAACCUGCGGUGGUACGAGUGUGCAACCGCAUCGCAGAUGAAAGCCUUUGACAAGGCCAAGGAAGAAAUGAAGCAGCUAAAGCUGCCUGGUUUCCUGUACAGCGAGGUGUCGGAGCUGGCAUCCACUGUACCCUACUUCAGCUUGGAGGAAGAUGAGAGCUGUGAAGAAGGCAUCCAUCUUAUAGUCUGUGUUCAUGGCCUUGAUGGUAACAGUGCAGACCUGCGACUAGUGAAGACUUACCUGGAGCUUGGUCUGCCUGGCGCUCGUAUAGACUUCCUAAUGUCUGAAAGGAACCAGAAUGACACCUUUGCUGACUUUGAGUCAAUGACGGACCGACUGCUUGAUGAAAUAGUCCAGUACAUUCAGAUCUACAGCCUCACAGUGUCAAAGAUAAGCUUUGUAGGUCAUUCGUUGGGGAACCUUAUUGUCCGCUCAGUGCUGACCAGGCCGAGGUUUAAAUGUUACUUGAGCAGGCUUCACACCUUCCUUUCUCUUUCUGGACCUCACCUGGGAACACUGUACAACAGCUCAGCUCUGGUCAACACCGGCCUUUGGUUCAUGCAGAAGUGGAAAAAGUCAGGUUCACUCCUACAGCUCACAUGCCGUGAUCACUCUGAUCCCCGCCAAACUUUCCUCUACAAGCUCAGCAAGAAAUCUGGUCUGCAAUUUUUCAAGAACGUAGUGCUGGUGGGCUCGCUGCAGGAUCGUUAUGUCCCCUAUCAUUCUGCACGAAUAGAAAUGUGCAAAACUGCACUGAAGGACAAGCAAACAGGUCCUGUGUAUGCUGAAAUGAUUGAGAACCUGCUGCUGCCAAUACUUCAGAACAAAGACUGCAAUCUAGUGCGAUAUGAUGUCAUUCAUGCCCUGCCCAACACAGCCAACUCUCUUAUCGGCCGGGCCGCCCACAUUGCCGUGCUUGAUUCUGAGAUCUUCCUGGAGAAGUUCUUCCUUGUUGCAGGCCUGAAGUUCUUUCAGUAGAACUGCGGCAGGGUCGAGCAUGGCUGGGCGAGAGGAAUGUGGAGCUAAUACCUCACUAUAUCUAAACCUUAUUCUAAUUAUUGUAUCUGAAUCACGUGGUUUUUAAAUACAUACUUUCAAAUUCAAACAUCACAGGUUCUCUUGUUUUUAUGUUUGUGUUGGAAGCAUGGUGGAAAUGGAUUUUACCUUUUUAUUUUUUCACUGCCAUGUUUUAAACAUAUUCUGGUUGGGAAAUUAUUUUCCCCUUUAAUAUAGUAUAUUUUUAGUGUUAUUUAUGUUGUAUUUUAACUUUUAUUUGUUCUAUCCAAGUUACUCAGUUAAUUUUAGAUGCUGAACUGGAAAUGUAGCUGCUACAAAAAUGAAAUGGCUGUUUUGGUGAACUAGCCCAAGUCAAGUCUGCACAUACUGUAUCACCAUUGCAAAUGUUUCUUCACCAGUUCUAAGAGACACUGCAUUGAUUUGCACCACGACUACAUUUUACAAGCUUUUGUACUGAAAAUGGUCAUUUGUAAAGGUUACUUUUUUAUCAACAAUUUUCCAUCAUUUUUAAAGGCAGAGGUGCCAGAGGUGCAUUUAAAAUAGGAUUGUUGCUCUGACUUUGCAGCCUUGGCUUUGGUCUCAAUACUUUAUGCUGUUCAUUGCCAUGCAGCAUUCUGCACAUUUCCCAGCCUGGUGUUGGGUAAGUAAAGCAUUGCCUACAACAUAAUAGCAUUUUAUUACCGGGGUUUUAAGCAAUGAUCUUGCUUAAUGAAAAGCACACGUUGGUAAUAUGAACUUGUUUAAUCGAAAGUAUUUGGUUGGUAUCAUUAAGUGAUUAUGUUUUUCAACUGGAAAGUAUUUCUUGGAAUAAAAUGUUUCUUAGACAAUUGUUUAUAUAUCAUCACGCUACCAUUAAAUAUUCAUAUUAUAGAGCUGGUUAUAUGACUUUCUUUUUUGAGUUGACUCUGUAUUUCAUGAACUGUGUUUCUCUAAAGACAGUUUGAUAAACUAAUCAAAGAAAUGAACUACUAAUACAAUAUGUAGCUGAUAAUCAAAUGUUUGUUUUAAGAUAAAUAUCCUGAACUCUUAAUAUGGCAAAUAUCUUGGCCAUCUUCAGUCAAUGGGUGUGGCAUUAAUAGUAACUCCAAUGUGUCCUCAGUUUGAACUUUGCAUUAAUGUUUUAUUUCUACUUUUUUUAUUAUUAUUAAUGAUUAAUUGCGUUUCUCAUUCUUUUUUUUAAUAUUUCAACUGGCCCUGUAGAUGGCGGUGUCGCCACAGUAACUUUUAUUUUAAGGGUGGAAUUAAUAAAUUGAUGUUUCGCGUUUU